AUGCGUUACACCGAGCUCCUCGCCCUGGCCAUGGGCAACUUGGCCGCUGCCCAGUUCACCACUGGCCGCUUCUCCAACACCACCACUGGAGCCAUUGAGACUGGCACUGCCACCACUGGCACCGAUGUCACCGGCACUGAGACCUCCGGUGCCGCUACCAGCACAUCUGCUGGCGGCAUUGGCAACCCUGACGGCUUCAACUUCCUCGGAUGCUUCUCUUCUGAGAACGGCUUCCCUGGCUUCACUCAGGCCUACUCCUCUGAGGAGAACGACUCUGAGCGUUGUGCCGAUGCCUGCUUGGGCUCCAACUUCUUCGGUCUCUACGACAACAGCUGCUACUGUGGUAACGAGCUUGACCUUAGCACCUCUCCUGCUGUCAACACUGACCAGUGUGACAUCACUUGCCCUGGCAACUCGGAUGAGAACUGUGGUGGUCUCUCUUCUGGCGACCGCCUCAUGCGCCGACAGGUCGCUGUCAACGUUCUUCUCUCCGUCUACGUCGCCAUCGGUGUGAACCCCGGUGAGACUGACACUGUCAUCAACACCGACUUCGUCACCGAGACCCUCCCUCCUGUCACCACCACUGCCACCGUCACCUUCACAGAGGACGGCACCACCGUCACCCAGACCGUCACCACUGUUCUCCCCGCCAUCCCCACCGAUGUCAUCAUCAUCUGCUACGGUAACUACUGUGCUCCUCAGGUCCACUGCCCUACAUGCACCAAGUGGCAGAUCGUCUGCGAGGACGGCCUCUGCGCUCCUCGUGAAUGCUACGACGACACCUGGAGCCAGCUCAAGAUCUGCAACAGCGGAAAGUGCCACUAUGCCGACUACACUGGCGAUGAGUGCAACCAGCGCAUCGUCUGCUACGGCAACGAGUGCCAGCGUGACCAGCACUACUCUGUCGACUACGCUCGCAAGUUCGUCUGCGACGUCGAUGAGAACCGAUGGUACUUCGAUGAGUGCAAGGACGACUGCUACACCUACGAGAAGUGCUCCAACGGCGAGUGCAAGCCCGUCUCUCCUCCCGCCAAGCCUACUGCGCCUGUCUCCCCUCCCAAGCCUGUCACCUCCGGCAAGCCUCCUGUUGUUGUCGUCCCCGAGCCCGAGACUCCCUCCAAGCCUGUCACCCCCGGCAAGCCCGAGACUCCUGCUAAGCCUGAGACUCCCGCCAAGCCCGAGACUCCUUCUACUCCUUCCAAGCCCGAGACCCCUGAGACCACUGGCACUGGCUCCAAGCCUGAGGUCCCUGUUGUGACCGCCGGUGCUGCCCAGAAGACCUUCGCCGGUGUGGCCGCUGCCAUCGCCGGUCUUGCUUUCGUCCUGUAA